AUGGAAUCGCUAGACCACGAUUCUUUCCUCACUCGUCUGGAAGCACUCUUUGAAUCAUCUCAAGAGCACGGCUCAAUAUGGCUCACGCACAAGCGAUUGAGAUAUGAAGAUGAAGAUGUCGCCAUGGGCCAUACAACAGGCGGCUCAGGCGUGGAUGAGCGGGAGUAUCCAUGUCUAAUCCGCGUUACCGAUGGUGGGACGGCCAGAUUCUCUACCCGGGUCUUGUCCUCUGAGCUCUCCAAAUUCCACACUGCCUACGGAAACCUCCUCAAAUCCGCCUUCUCCAUGACUCUCCGGAAACGCGACAAGAAGAAAGAGAAACUGAAGGUGGAGCAGGCUGCAAAGCGGAAAAAGAAGAUGACAGAACAGGUUGCCAUCGUCGAGGGUCCAAAACGUGGUAAUGGACGGAGGAAGCGCCAGAGGAAGGUCAAGGCGCUAAAAAAGCAGUUGAUUUCGCAACAAAAGGCGAAAGAAAGGGAAGAAGCCAGUGCUGCUAGAGGCUUAGAGCACACUGAUUUCGCUCUUUUGUCAUUGUACGUUCUGAAGAAUGCGAGGUAG